GCUAUUUAUAAGAUAUAUUGUUAUCUCUAGAUAUUUGGUUUAGUUAUGGUAACAUCAGUAUGGCCUCCAGAUACAGUAAAAGAUGUUGCAGAGUCUAUUGGUAUUAACCAGCUUGAUGACGAUGUAGCAAAAGUUUUAGCAUUGGAUAUUGAAUAUCGUAUACAUGAAGUUAUUCAGGAGGCAGUCAAGUUUAUGCGACAUGCUAAACGUACAAUUCUUACGGUUUCUGAUAUUAGUCAUGCACUUCGUGUCUUAAAUGUCGAGCCUUUAUAUGGAUAUCAUGCUUUUCGUCCAGUACGGUUUGGAGAAUCACGAUUAGAACAAGGCCAGCCACCAUUAUAUUACUUAGAAGAUGAAGAUAUUGAAUUUGACAAAAUUAUUCAUGCACCACUUCCAAAAGUACCUAGGGAUAUUAAUUAUUCAGUCCAUUGGUUAGCGAUUGAAGGUGUCCAACCUGCUAUUCCACAAAAUCCUGUAUUGUCUGAUACAUUAGCGACUGAUCAGAAGGAUUCUGGAACACUAAAUAACAAUUCAUGGACAAUUUCAAAUCCUUCAUCAGGUAUAGAAGUUAAACAUUUGGUUAAACAUGUUAUAUCAAAAGAAUUGCAAUUGUAUUUUGAACGUAUCAACUCAGCUAUUUUAGAUGAGCAGAAUGAAGGACUUCGUUCUGCUGCAUUAACUAGUUUAAGACAGGAUUCUGGAUUACAUCAAUUACUUCCAUAUUUUGUUUCACUUGUAGCUGAGAAAAUUACACAUAAUUUGAAAAAUCUUUUUAUACUAAAUAUGAUGAUGCAGAUGACAUGGGCUUUAUUUGAUAAUCCAAACUUAUUUAUUGAACCAUAUCUUCAUCAAAUCAUUCCAUCAAUUUUAACAUGCCUGGUGGCUAAGAAAUUGGGAGAAAACCCUGCUUCUGAAGAACAUUAUGAACUAAGAGACUUUUCUUCAUCAUUACUUGGGUUAAUUUGUCAAAGAUUUAGUGAUGUUUAUCAUACAUUAAAACCAAGAAUCACACGAACACUUUUAAAAGCAUUCUUAGACAAUAGAAAGCCAUUCACAACACAUUAUGGAGCAAUUAUUGGGCUUAUUACUAUGGGAAAAGAAGUUAUUCGUAUAUUAAUUUUACCAAAUAUAAAAACAUAUGAAUUAUUAAUUAAAGAUGAUAUAAAUAGUCCUGAAUUAACAAUUAAAAAAAUGGAAGCAACCAAAUGUCUUGAAGCUUUGAUGAAUGCACUUCGUACUUUGUCAAAAGAUGAAACAUCUGAAAUUAAAACAACUGAUGAAACAUUCAAUAAUGAAGAAUUAAAUGAUCCAUCUUCCGAAACACAUACUAUUCUUGUAGAAAUGGUCGGAGAGUUAAUGACUAAUAAAAUUAUAGAAGAAAAAGACGAAAAAAUUAUAAAAACACUCUUAGAAACACAUAAGUUAGAAAAAAUACUUCAUUAGCUAUUUAUUUAAACAAAAACUAUCCUAAUAUAUACAGCAUCAUUGU